UGGGUGGAAUGUCGUGAAUUUUUAGUUCUACUCCUACCUAGUUUUCAAUCUGAUCAAUUUUGGAUUACUCUGGAUUACGGUGUCAAGGAGCUGAGCAGCGAUGGGUUUGUGUGACCGUAGGACACGUGUUUGGAUACAGUGUUUUGUGCUUCUUUAUUCAUGGGGAUUGUGUUCCGGACAGACCAUCUCCUCGGUGUCAGAGGAGGUGGAUAAAGGCACAGCUGUUGGAAAUAUCGCCAAAGACCUCAAUCUAAAUGUGCAAGAUCUGGAAUCAAGAGGAUUUGAGAUUGUAACAGGAUCGAAUAAGAGGUAUUUUGACAUAAACCGGGAGUCUGGGCUUCUGUUUGUCAAUGAAAGAAUCGACAGGGAGAUGCUGUGUCAGAAUUCAGUCAAAUGUUUUGUAAAUGUUGAAGCAAUUUUGAAAAAUCCAACUAAUCUCCAUCACAUUGAGGUUAACAUUUUAGACAUAAACGACAAUGCACCUUCAUUCCGAAACUCAAUUCAUAUCUUCAAUAUUACUGAAUAUGCCUCUCCAGGAGAGAGAUUUUCUUUGCCUAAAGCUCAGGACAUGGAUGUCGGCAGUAACUCUGUGAAAACCUACAAGCUGAGUCCAAAUGAACACUUCUCCCUGGAUGUACAGAGCGGUGGCGAGCAGAUGUUUGCUGAGCUAGUGUUACAGAAACCUUUAGACCGAGAGAAACAGGCUGUGAUUAAGUUGAUAAUGACUGCUGUUGAUGGAGGAAAACCUCCUAUUUCCGGGACACUACAGAUUAUUGUCAACGUUAUUGAUGUAAACGAUAAUUCCCCAUUUUUCAGCGAACAACUCUACAAAGUUCAAGUUCCUGAGAAUGUCCCAAGUGGAGCAACAAUUCUUACUCUAAAUGCGACUGAUUUUGAUGAGGGUGUAAACGGAGAUAUAGUUUAUUCUUUAACGACAAACGAAGAUUCAGAAAAUACAGAAAUGUUCUCCAUUGAUCCACAGUCGGGAGUUGUCAUCUCUAAAGGCAAAAUAGACUAUGAGGAAAGUACCGCAGAUUCGUGUACAGGCUAAGGACAGGGGUCUCCCUCCUCGUAGCAAGCAGUGUAAAGUCUUAGUUGAAGUGCUUGACGUGAAUGACAAUGCUCCAGAGA